UAUAAACAAAAAAACCCCUUUAGCUCCAUUAUAUUACAUCUCUCUCCCCAUCCUUUUCAGUUGGUUGAUGUCAAAAAUCACGUCUUUAUACGCGUUGUGCUCCAAGAUGUUGGUUUCUUUGCUGAGAAUCAACCCAAUGUAUAUACUUAAAGUCUUCUCAGAUGUCUUCUGAAUUUUCCCUCUGUGUCUGUGUGGUCACUUUCUAAUUUCCCUUAUAUAUGCAGUCAUUUUGAGUGGCUUAGUCUUUAAUCUGUUUUCAAGAGAAAAUUGAACAGGAGAGAAAAUGCAAGCUGGCCCUUUAAGUUCCUUGGAUGUCAUAACAGGCAGAGGAGAAAGGCUUGCAAGGAUGAGAGGAGGUGCAACAAUGCCCCUCAGAUCCUCCUCCUUGCCUCAACCUCUGUGAUAAAAACCAGUGAUCAGCAAUCAGAGCACAGUUCCCUGAUACUUGCAGAACAGGGUCCUUUUGGUCCACUCUGGCUCCCGUAAGCUGUUUGCAGCCUACUUCAGGAACACGUGCACAAAUGACUGCCACAUAGAUUGGGGAUGGUAGAUUGGCGGGCUGUAACUUGCUGAUAUGGAAUUGGCUAACAUAAACUGCAGUUUUUAGUCCAAGUCUUCCCUUUGAAGUUGCAAGCCUUCAACAGACUCCAGAGUUCCAAAGCUCAGCGGGGCAUCCAGCCCCUCCUUACCCAAUGAAGGACCACCCAGCCUGACUCCAGGUAGCUGCGGAGGGUGUUGAUUGGGAAAGUGUAUCGUGAUCCCACGGAAUCUUCUAUGAACUUCCCUGGAUAGCACGGCUGGGGAUGGAGUGGGACGCGUGCCUGUUCAAAACCGUUGAAAGCAAACAGUACUUUUUCUUAGCGGAUCUCUUCCUGUCUCAACGGCUCUGUCCACUCCUGUCCAAGUCUCUUCACACAAGCUGAGUUACUCUGCAAGACUCCUUCCACAGAGAGGUGUCAUGGGAUUCUGGAAGUUCCCCCCAUUCUUGGUCCUCGGCAUCCUGGUCUUGUACCAGGCAGGCAUGUAUCACGCAGCACCACUCAGGUCUGUCUCUGAUGGUCGUUUUGAUCCUGCUACCCUGGAUGAGGAGGAAUCACGCCUCCUACUGUCUGCGAUGGUGAACGACUACGAGCAGAUGAGGGCUCGGGAGUCGGAGAAGGCUCAGAAGACUGAGGGCUCCCGCAUGCAGAAGAGAGCCUGCAACACUGCCACCUGCAUGACCCAUCGCCUGGCAGGCUGGCUGAGCAGAUCUGGGAGUAUGGUGAGGAGCAACUUGUUGCCGACCAAGAUGGGUUUCAAGAUCUUCAGUGGGCCCCGCAGGAACUACUGGUUUUAAGCAGUGAAAUGAUUCUCAGAAUAAGGUCACCAGGAAGUUGAACUCUACUUUUAGUUUGCAUGAAGUCACCUUACAAAAAAAGAAAAUAGCAUGGAAAUACCCAUGUAUGCAUGCUUCUCGAUAUUGAAAACACUCUUCUUUCCCUUGAAAUAAACUAAAUGCAGAAUAAAAUAAUU